AAUGCGCGAGCUUAUCGUGCACGCUUGCGGCUUGGCCUUUCCUUUGCGUUCUUUGGCGCAGCAGUUCGUCGUUUCGUGUGUCGGUCGUUGAUUCGUCGGAUUCGCUGCGACGCUUCGCCGUCCGCCACCAGACGACGACAGCGGAUACCGGCUGACUCGCUGCCGCGCUAUACUUUUACACAAUAAUAUUAAUUCUUCACACAUACCUAUAGGUAAUGCACACAUAUAUACUCGUCAUAUAGUCGCAUACAUACGCGGCUAUCCCUAAUGUUAUAUAUAUAUAUAUACCAUUUGUUGUGUUGUUGCUUAUAUUAUAAAGUUGCCACGCCGAUGCGGUUAACUGCUCACCUACUUAGCUGUCUGCUGCGCAUAGCCAUUGAAUUAAAUACAAUAAGCUAAUCCAAUUUGAAACUCUUGAACGCCGGGGCGCAGCGCUUGUACACAUUUUCAUCGGUAACGAAAAUUAGGUUAUAGAAAAUAUACGCUCCGAGUUUUGCCCAGUGCGUGUAAUGGGUGCGCGCGCGCGUUCCUUUUUGGGCUUCCGUGGCGACGUCGGUGUUAGGUUACAUUAAAAACCAUUGCCUAAAAACGUAGCCGCGUAUGCGUGUGUGUGUGUGUGUGUGUGUGUGUGUGUGAUACAUUGAUGCGCUGUCCGUGAGAUAGCUGUCGAAUAAAAUUUGGAAAUCGUAACGCCGCAGGAAUUGCCGAGAGCCGAUCCAAUAAAAGUACAAGUAGAGGAGCGUCCCCCGAACUCUGUAUCAUAUACCGGAAGCUUUACAUUGCCGAGCAUCAUUUUGUCACGCGCAGCAUAAGAGGGGCACUGGACUCUUUUUUCUAUCCGUGGCGCGCGCGCGGGCCGCGGCGGUGAUUCGGAGCUUAUAUCGUCGAGCGAGGGGCUCCGGUUUUCCAGCUCUUGAGACUCUUGAGAGGCUUCCCCGGCCGCCCCGCCCCGCCCCGCCAGCCUGCGGACGUAAUAAGUGUAUACGUGUGUAGUCUCUCUCAAGUGAUUCCACUCGGCUCCUCCUUUUCGUCAGCCGCGAGUAUCGUGUCACCUACUGCCAUGGCUCUGACCCGGAGGCAGGUCCUCUGCUUGCUACUGCUCGCGGUCUGCAGUCGGUUCGUGCCCUCGAGGGCGGCCGAGCCCGAAGUCGAGGACGUCGUCGUCGAGGACGAGCCCGCCGACAACGAGCCCAAGAUCGAAGACUACAAAAGCCCGGAGCUGCCCGGGAACGUCUACCUAGCCGACCACUUCGACGACAAGCAGGGAUUCGACAAGAUCUGGAUCCAGUCGCAAGCCAAGAAGGAAAACAUCGACGAAGAUAUCGCUAAAUAUGAUGGUAUUUGGGCUGUGGAGGAGCCCAAGCGCAGCGUGGAAAAUGGCAACCUAGGCCUAGUGCUCAAGAGCAAGGCUCGGCACGCUGCGCUGUCCGCCCUGUUAAACAAGCCUUUUAUUUUCGAUGACAAACCACUGAUAGUGCAGUACGAAGUCAUCUUCCAAGAAGGACAGGAAUGCGGCGGAGCCUACCUGAAGCUGAUAUCCGUUGAUCCUCAACACAAGGACUUGAGGAAUUUCCACGAUAAGACUCCCUACAGUAUUAUGUUUGGUCCUGAUAAGUGUGGCAAUGAUCACAUGCUGCACUUUAUCUUCAGACACAGGAACCCUCUCAAUGGCUCGAUUGAGGAGAAACAUGCUAAAAAGCCAAAGGAAAGACUGGAAGACUUUUUCAAAGACAAGCAGCCCCAUUUGUACACUCUUGUUGUUCGUCCAGACAACACUUUUGAAGUCAAAGUUGAUGGAAAUGUGGUAAACGAGGGUUCACUACUGGAUGAUUUUAAUCCUCCUGUCAAUCCCCCGCUCGAAAUUGAAGAUCCAAAUGAUAAGCGACCAGAAGACUGGGACGAAAGAGAAAAAAUACCAGAUCCAACUGCCGUGAAGCCUGAAGACUGGGAUGAAGAUGCGCCGGCACAGAUUGUUGAUGAAAAUGAUCAAGUGCCUGAAGGAUGGCUAGAAGAUGAGCCAUCAACCAUACCAAAUCCUGACUCGGUGAAACCUGCAGAUUGGGAUGAAGAAAUGGAUGGGGAAUGGGAACCGCCAGAGAUUCAAAAUCCCAAGUGUCUUGAUGCACCUGGUUGUGGCCCAUAUAAAAAACGACUUAUUAGUAAUCCUAAGUACAAAGGAAAAUGGCUUCCACCAUUAAUAAAUAAUCCUAAUUAUCAAGGAAAAUGGAAACCUAGGCUAAUUCACAACCCCGAAUACUUUAAUGAUGAAAAUCCUUUCAGAAUGACUCCAAUCUAUGCAGUUGGAUUUGAGUUAUGGUCAAUGUCACCUGAUAUUCUUUUUGACAAUAUUAUUGUCACCGAUGAUGAAAUUGUCGCUCAGAAAUGGGCAGAACAAACAUUCGAGGUUCGAAAACAAAGAAUUGCCAUAGAAUCGUCUGGUUUAUAUCAACAAGUUGUAAAUUUCACCGUUGAGCACCCAUGGAUAUGGACAGUUUAUUUAAUAUUGCUAGGCAUACCCAUUAUGCUGAUUAUUUAUUGUUGCUGCUUUACAAGCAAGGAUAGUCAAGAUAAAGAAGAUGAUACUGAAAAUGAAAAUGAAGAACUGCUUCAAAAAGAUAAAGAAGAAUCUGAGGCAGCUACUGUAGAGGAAGUUAAUGGUGAUAAAGUUGAAGAAUCGCCAGAAUCCGAGGAACAAGCUGAAGAGAUUAUCAAGAGCAAGGAAUCAAUCUCGACUGCAGAGGGACCACGGAGGAGAAAAGCAAAUAAAGAAUAAUUUUAAUGAAUGUUAUUUUUUAUAAUUAUAAAUAUUUAAUGAGUGCAUUGAUUUUUAUCACAAGAUUCACAUUCCGUAUGCCAUUGCGUGAUCUAGCCACAUUAUGGUGUGCUAUAAACACACCAAUUUAAAUAGCGUUGAGUUCAAACAAAAAAGUGUGCUAGUAUGAUAGUGAAAAAUUGAAGAGAAAAAGAGAAAGAGUGAGUGAGAGCAAGCGAGACUAUUCUCUAUAGCUAUUUGUCCUUUUCUUAUGUAACACGUAAUUUUUGUAUGCAGCAGUGUAUCUAUACUACGAUUACGAUUGAGUGCAACUUAUUUAUCGAAAUUUCUUAUAAGUAUGUGUUGUGCACACAGUAUGAAAAAUUGUAAUAUUGAAUAAAAAUUUUAACGCCUACGUGGAGUUUUUAUCUCACUAUGCGUUCUGUUAAAAUAAAAUAACAAUUAAAAAAAACA